CCCUGCAGCUGUGAUUAUGUGGCUUGAAACCAAAACAGAGAUGGAGGAGGCCAGCAGGAGUCGGUCCAGCUUUAGCCGACGAGUGCUGGACGGUCUGAUGUUGUGCACAGGGGACAUGGAGCACUUGGAUAAGUACAUAGAGGACAAGUCAUUUGUGCUGCAGCUGGCUGUGUGGGGACUCAGAGGGGUGACCAGGGUGAUUCUGGCCAACAACCCGCUAAGCGGUGCCGUCAUCCUGGCUGCCCUGUACUGGGCUUCCCCCUGGCAGGGCCUGCUGGGAACUCUGGGGGUACUGGCGUCGACGCUCACAGCUGUCAUCGUUGGACAGGACAGUGCUGACGUGGCCGGAGGUCUUCACGGAUUCAACGGCAUGUUGGUGUCUCUGCUGAUGGGCGUGUUCAGCUCAGCUGGAGACUGGUACUGGUGGCUGCUGCUGCCCGUCCUUUUGGGCUCAGCGACAUGUGUCUUUCUCUUCAGUGGGCUCACCAAGUUACUGGAGCGCUGGGACUUGCCUGCUGCCGUGUUUCCCUUCAACAUCAUUAUCGUCCUUUACCUCCUCUGUACCGGAACCAACAACCCCUAUUUUCCUCACAGCCGGGCAAUACCACCGGGAGCCCUAGAGCCCAAUAACACGGAGCUCAUGGCGGUGGAGGUGAUCCGUGGCAUCCCUCUUGGUGUGGGUCAGAUCUAUGCUACUGGAGCCCUGGGACCCUCCCUCCUCAUCUUGGCGGCCGUUGUUCUCUACUCCCCGCUGUUGGCCGUCCACGCUGUGCUGGGGUCAGCAGUAGGAACGUUAGCCGGUUUAUCCGUGGCAGUGCGUCAUGAUUCGCUUUACUCCGGCCUGUCGGGGUUCAAUGGCGCUCUGGCCUGCAUGACUGUUGGAGGACUCUUCUUCACCUUCAGCUGGAGGACUCACCUCUUUGCCAUCGCAAGCGCCUUUCUCUCUGCAUACGCCGACAUUGCCCUGAGCAACAUGCUGGGAACUGUGGGUCUCCCAGCAUGCAGUUGGGCAGCUACUCUAACAGCCACACUUAUGUUGCUGUUGACCGGCAGUUUAGCGGCGUACCGCAUCCCCAUUGGUCAAGUCAAGGCCCCUGAACGCAACCUGCGCUCCCGGAGCCAAUGGGAAGCUGGAAACACGGAAGACAGGGAGAGCACGGAUGUGUAAAGAAACAUCUAAACACAGGAAAUGGACCAAAUAUGGAUAGUUUUAAUCUGAACAAUAAUGAUAAUGAAUUUUUUUAAAUUAGUUUUUCAUUGAUCUAUAAUGAAAUGGCAAACACACUGCAGAAGCUGCUACUCCGACUGUCCACAUGCUGGCAGUCCAGUACUGUGCAAACAAACCACAUCCGAUUCAAUCAUAUUUUCUUUAUAAUAUUUUAAAGUGGUCUCAAUCUAUCGUUAUUUAACUGUUCCGAAGGUUUUCAGGUUUUUAGUUUUCAGCAGCUUUCCUCACUCUUUACGGUCUAGUCCUUGUACCAGAUCAUGAUAGCAUAUGGUGCUAAGGAUAAAUGAAUGUACUUAACAAAACCAAGCAAAAGGAGUGUUAGGGCUGGUAAGCUUUUAAUAGUAGAAUUUGAACUUCAUGUCCUUAAGAAACAGAAAAAAAUACAAAAAGGUCAACAUUUUGGAGAUAUUUAAGUUUAUUUAGCUUUUGUAUGCCAAAUAGCUCUCAAGACUGUUAUUUUAGGUGUUGUUUAUUGCUUAAGUUAAAGAAAUAGGACCAAAUGUGACAGACUACUGGUAACAAAGCUCCUGUUCCUUAUUUUGCCACCACUUUUAACAAUCUUAAAGCACAUAGUUUACAUGGAUCCCAAACUGAAGAAGUGAGACACAUUUUGUGAAACAUCAAGUCCUGACACAUCUAGAAAAUAUGUUUUGCUUAUGAUUUCCAUGAUCUAUACCUGAUGACCAUCUGGGAAUAGAGAUUCAUUGUACUAUUCAUUGUCUGAGUGUCCCAGAGUUUUACUCUAUUUACUAGUAAAUAGAGCAAAACUAUUUUGUGUAAAACACAGAUCUAAUAUAUAGCAAUCCAAUAGGAUGUAAUAAUUUAUCUUUGAAUGCAACCAGAGUGAACUACUGAUGUAGAAAUUUGUAAAGUCAUAGUAUAUGACUAGGCUCAUUUAAAGGUUCAGUGGACGAUUUUUACGGAAAUGACUCUUAAAAGAAACUGGCUAAAAAUAUAAAGUUUGUCUGUUCGUACCAGUUUUAAUUUACAACAUUAAAAUGGCACCGUGUUGCUGCUGAAUUGAGCUCGAUUACAGCUUAAUGCUGAUCAUUGUGAUAUGUGAAUAUGCCUCCAAUACUUUGAUUAGAAAGUCUGUCCCCACACACACUGUGGAGUAGAAUGCAAAAAAUUACAUAGAUGUCAGCCAUCGCACACAGAGCCUGCUCUUAUUUUGUUCCAGACACAAAUAUUUUAAUGAGAAUUAUUAUGAUAAAAUAACAGAAUCCUGAGUUGAGCAGGAUUAUAGCCUUAUGAGUGCAGUCAGAACUCUGAAUACAUUUGGAAAUGGGCUCCUCGCUGCAAAUGAGAGCUGCAGUUUAGGGGACUUUUGACGUAUCUGAACAUGAGGUUGUCCCCGGGGACAGACUUAGGAUGGACCAGGGAUGACAGAGUUGGAGAUUAAAACAUCAGUGGCGAUGGACGGUUCGUCCUGGUUCCCCUCAAUGCUUUGCAGUUUACAUCUGAUUGAGGUUGUUUCCAUCACUUUGGGUGUUUUACAUUAUGGUAUGAGGCUAAAUGUGAUUCUAUUUCUUUAUGUGGGUGUGACCAAUAACAGCUAAAACUCAUCAAAACAAUUCAGCUUUGAUGCUCAUCCGGUCAAAUAAGACUGAAUUAAGUAAUAUUUCAAUGUAUUUGGGUCAGUUUAACACUUUGUGAUUUAUUUUUUUAUUGUUCACUGAAGGAGUUUGUGUGGCUGCCUUACAUUUUACUGACAGGUAAAACAUUUGCAUGGAUUACCGCAUCAUUAAUUUUUGUACAUGCCAGACCGGGGCAUUAAACAUUGCGCCACAAGUUUCUUGUGCGGGCGCACGCUUUGUACACGAGGCCCCGGGUAUUCAAAUGCAAUAAUUUCUAAAACUGCGUAGAUUUUUCUGUGUAAUAUUUUUCCUCCUCCUUGGUCCUGAGCAAAAAGAAGAGGCACUUUGAGUUAAAAAGAAAAUGUAUUUAAUUGAACAAAAACAAGUCAGUUCAUAACCAUUGUUUUCAAAUCAAAGAUCUGAAAUAUAAAAACCCAAACUGAAUUCAGCAGUUUUUUUGUUUUUACUUUUUUUUUUUAACCCUGCAUAGAUGUGCUACACUGCACUUCACUAAAAUUCAUUGUCAACACAAAGCUUGUAUGUAAUGUAACUCUAUGCAGUCUGUGACAGAUUGAAACUUGUAAUGACUUUAUGAAAUGGCUUGAGCCUGGUUUUCAAAGGCAACUGAUCAUCUUCCUUUUAAAUUCUCAUACAGACAUAAUUCACGUAAUAUUUGUAUUAAAUCAACAAGUUGUCAUUCAUUCUGCCUUUUCUUUCCACAUUGCUUCUGGUUAACUGUAUAAACUUUCAAAUCUUCAUGUUUUUCAUUUCAUGUAUUUUUUUCAUUUCAUUUUUUAUGAAGCAUACUUUCCUAACUUCACAUUUUAAAAUAAUUCUCACAUUAAAAAGAAAAAAAUGUACACCCCCCCCAUACAGGACACGUAAAAAAAUCUUGCAACAAACAAAACCAUCAACCAUUUUUGUUAACAUCAUGCAUUUCGAUUUUGGUACUUUAUUUGUAUCUAUGCAAUCACCACCUUCUUUUUUUAUUAUUAUUAUUAUUAUAAAGCACCUCUCAAGAGAUUUAAGAGGAAUUUUACAAAAGUGACUUUAAAUCUACUGAUUGAGCAUAGUCUAAAAUAAAAAAAAUUGAGACACAAAUUCCUGCACAAAUAGUUGUAUGUUCACAUUUAAAUAAAAAAAUUAACAUUCAUUGUUCUUUCAGUUGAAGUUUUAAUUGUGAGUGAGUUUGUGCUUCUUUUGCAUGAUUCAGUAUGUGUGCAAAGGAGUGUGAACGCUUCAUUUUUGCCUCAUCUGGGUUGAAAAUGAACGGAGGGUGACGCAGCUGUCGCAGUUUGACAAUUUAACACAUGGCCACUCGUGCAUCCGCCUCAAACGGAUGUGACAGCUUUCCCCCAGCUGCAAUACAAUAAGCAAGAGGCAGCCUUGUUAGUGGUGUUUAAUAAGGAGAGGCUUCUGUAAAAAAAAUCUGAACCAAGUGUAAACUCUUUUACUGUUACCGCAUAUUUGCUGUGUGUUUUUCACUUUUUUGUUUUCGCUUGUUUUUUUUUAAUAUUGAGUUCUAGCAUGCAUACAUUUACAUUUUCCCUUCUAUCUCCCUGUGUUUUUACAAAUGUAAUGAGGGAUAAACACCCAAUAGAAAAUCUUCAUGUACGUUAAUGCAGGUGAGCGUCGGCCAUUGCGAUUUGCUUUGCAUCAGUUUGUGUUAGGAUACAUGUAACCCUGCUUGGUAGAGAAGCAACACAAUGUUAAGUUUCUCAUGCCUGUAAACAUUCAUCUGAUCUAAAAAAAAAAAAAAACUGUAAACAGUGAUGCAACUGGAAAGAGUUUGAUAUUGUCAGACGAUAUAUCUACGGGACCUAUAGCAAA